GUCCAGGCAACAGUAAAGAAGGAUAAUUGAAGACGCCGGGUGUCCAGCGCUUCCUUAAGCCUGAAGGCUCCUCCCGUCUAUAAAAGGAGAAGCCAGACGCACGCAUUCAUCGCCGGACAGAGAAGAGGAGAGAAGACACCGAGCCUAAUACUCAGAGCGCAUCCACCACCACUCCACCUAAUUAGUAGCCAUCUCACUCCCAUUGUAAUAUAGAAAUAAGGGAGAAGCUGUAAUCGCCCUUCGCCUGUAAGGAAUGAAGAGAGGAAUGAGUCCUACUGGUGGUGAAAGUUUCAGCUUUGGAACUGAAAACAGAUUGAGAAUCUUUCCACCAAAUACUUAUAAAUUUAAGCCUAAAGACCAUAUUGUCUUAGAUGAAAUACAAGAAUGUGUUUUAGAUAAUUUUUGGUUCCAAUAUAAAAAUAAGAGAGAUGAUAGAGGUUAUAUGCUAGCAAUAUUAAAUAGUUUAGCUGAAUAUUUUCAUAUGAUGAAUGGGAAGAUACAGCCAAAAGAUCCAUCGAGCAAUAUAGAAAAGAAACCCAUAUAUGUCAUAUAUAGGGGAAAGACACCAGGAAUAUAUGUAACUUUUGAAGAAGUUAUAGCCCAGCAAAUAGAAAGAGAAAAAGAUGGAGGAAUAUCAUGGAAAAAAUAUCUAGAUAUUGAUCAAGCCCUAUCAUAUGCAAGAAAUAUUUUAGGAAUAAAUUAUUUCCUAGAGCCUGCAGCAAAAGAAUAUAUUCAAAAAUACAGAAAGGCAAAUGAGGUAAAGACAAACUUGCCUGUAAUAAAUAUAAGAGAGGAUGGACCUUCAAGAAUACCCACAUAUAAGGAUGCUGUAAAAAAAGAAGCAUCAAAUGAAGAAUAUGUUGAAAAGAAGAUCAAAGAAAGGAUAGAUUCAAUAAUUCCUCAAUUAAAGAAAGAUAUGAAAGAAGAAAUAUGGCAAGAAGUGAAGCAUGAAAUAAAGGAAAAUUUUGAUGCCAUAAAGAAGGACUAUGAAGAAAAUAUAAAGAAGGAUUAUGAAUCAAAAAUGAAUAUGCCAAAAUCUGAUGAUGAUAUGCUGGAUAUUCGUGGUCAUGGGCAGCAACAAGAGUAUUAAGAAUUAUAUAUUAUGAAAAUUAAAUAUGUGUUAAUAUUUAAUAUACCUGCCAGUGUUGAUAAGGAGUUAUCAACAAUUUCGCCGUGGGAUAAGGAUAAGCAUGCCAGAGUGUUUGCUUGAUGUCUGCGACAUCAAUCAUUCGGGCGUGGAAGACUAUACACACCGAAUAUAUUCUCGAAUAUAGUCAGAGAAUAUCACGUGAAGGAAGUGGACAAGGCAAAAGGAAUAAACAGUAAUAUCAAUAGUGAGUUCUACUGUAGCCAGUACAAAUUAUUGAAGGCG